ACAAAACAAAAACGGCAGACAGAAAACGCAUGUAAAGGAGUCAGUGACACACGGAAUAUAAAAUGGAGGCAGCGAUAACCUGGCCCUCAAAACAAUGCAGCCACCUGAAAGAAGACACGGACCCAUCACCAAAAGUGUCUGCCUGUCUCCCACUAACUGUCGGGCUGACCGUUGGGUUUCUGACGAAUAUGCCGAGGAUCAUGGACGGCUCUCCAAAGAGGUGCAGGGGCACCCCACAUCGCUCCUUGUAGAGGUGCGGCAACGUUGUCAAGGGAAACGCCAAGACCGUCCGCUGCCAUAGGCCAUCAAUAAACUAGAACCACACACACAACACAACACAACGCAUCACACCCACGUCGCUGUCUCCGUGUCUCCCAUACGUCUCACCUAUGCAUCUGAAUGAGCGUGUUUCUGCGUAGUCGUGGGAUUGACCUUGGGGUGCUGCUCAUCAGGUUCCACUGACUCCUGAUAUCCAUAUAACUCCGCCCCCGUUCUGGAUUGAUAAAUCGUCUCCAGCAUGCAUACCAGAAACCAGAAACCACACAAAGCAGCCAGACCAGAAACCAGCCGACAUGAUAAAUCGUAGUCAUGUCUGUCAUGAAGGGGGUGGGGCAUCCAGCAUGCAGGUAUCCAGAACACACACACACACACACUACAGCGCCGCAGCACCGCCUCGACAAGGGGGAUGAGAGGAUGGUUGGGAGGCACG